AUGGCCGCAGCGCGCACCGCCCAAGAGAUCCUCCAAGCUGCCCGCGUAGCACCAGAGAUAUUCGCCCUGCGCCCCGAGUACCGCGCCCUAUUGAUGGUCGUCGAAGGCAUUCCCCCAGGCCCAAGCGACGCAGCCAGCGAGACCAUGCUCCAAGAAGCCGAGCAACAAGUCAAAGCACUCUCAACCAAAUCCGCCAUCACCAACUUCCCGCACAUCGCCGCCUGGCGUGACACAUACAAAGCCUUCGGCGCCAAACCCCAAAAGACCCGAAACAGCCUGGAAGCCCUAUCCCGCCGCGCAGAAGGUGGUCUGCCGCGCGUGAACCGGCUAACAGACAUCUACAACGCUAUCUCGGUGAAGCAUCAAAUCCCUCUCGGAGGUGAGGAUCUGGAUAAAUAUGAUGGCGCGCCGUUCCUUAUCCGCGCCAAGGGUAAUGAGCCGUUUCAGACGCUUUCGAGUGGAGAGCCGCAGGUGGAGAAUGCGGCGGAGGGGGAGCCUGUUUGGUGUGAUGAGAGUGGUGUUACCUGUCGGCGGUGGAAUUGGAGACAGGGUCCGCGGACGGCGUUGACGGAUGAGACUACGCGGGUGCUUUUUAUUAUGGAUGUGUUGGAGCCGCUUUCGGAUGAGGAUCUUGGUAAGGCUGCGGAGGAGCUUGAGGCGGCGUUGAAGAGUUUGUCGCCGGAUGUGCGGACGGUGCGGCGGAUUAUCGAUGCUUCUUCUUGA